AUGGAACCAGUUGAAGUAGUCAUUAUAGGUGCAGGUCCUGCUGGCCUAGCAACAUCUGCAUGCCUCAACCGUCUUUCCAUCCCAAACAUCGUCCUUGAAAGAGAGGAUUGUUAUGCCUCUUUAUGGAAGAAAAGGGCUUAUGACCGUAUAAAGUUACACCUCGCCAAGGAAUAUUGUGAACUCCCCUUCAUGCCAUUUCCAUCUGAUGCACCCACAUUUGUCCCUAGGAGUGGUUUCGUCAACUACUUGGACAACUAUGUGUCUCAAUUUGGGGUUAAUCCACGAUGCAAUAGGUCCGUUGAGUCUGCCUAUCACGAUGAAGAGAGUGGAAAGUGGUAUAUCAAGGCUAAAAAUUUGGAUCUAAAUGUGCACGAAGAAUAUAUUGCAAAGUUUCUGGUGGUUGCAACUGGUGAGAACAGUGAAGGGAUUAUUCCUGAGGUGCCAGGGCUUGAUAGUUUUGACGGAGAGUUCAUUCAUUCAAGCCAGUAUCAAAAUGGCCAAAAAUAUAAAGGCAAAGAUGUUUUAGUUGUUGGAUGUGGGAAUUCAGGGAUGGAAAUUUCUUAUGAUUUAUCCAACUGGGGCGUCAAAACCUCCAUUGUUGCUCGUAGUCCAGUACACGUCCUCACCACUGAUAUUGUGUAUCUUGGUAUGCGUUUGUUUAGUUAUGGUCUCCCAUGCAAGUUAGUGGACUCCAUAGUUAUUUUGCUUAGCAAGUGGAGGCAUGGAGAUAUUUCAAAUUACGGGUUUUCAUUACCAACAAAAGGACCGUUUUACAUAAAACAAACAGUUGGUCGAACUCCUACUAUUGAUGUUGGAGCUCUGGAUAAAAUUAAAAGGAAAGAGAUUCAGGUAUUUCCAUCCAUAAGAGGCAUCGAAGGAAGCAAAAUUAAAUUUGCUAAUGGGGAAAUUAAACAAUUUGAUGCUAUUAUCUUUGCUACUGGUUACAAAAGUACUGUGAGACACUGGCUUAAGGGUGGCAAAGACCUUUUCGAUGAAACUGGAAUGCCAAACCUCUGUUUUCCGGAUAUUUGGAAAGGAGAAAAUGGCCUUUAUUGUGCUGGAUUUGCCAGAAAGGGAUUGCUUGGCAUUUCAAUUGAUGCGCAAAAUAUAGCGAAGGACAUCAGUCUAGCAUUGAAAUGUGAUUGA